AUGGCUACUAUCUACCUAUCGCCCAGCUUUGUCUUUCUGUCCAGAACUAUUUUCUUCCUUGCGAUAGUUCCCUGUUCAACUUUUUGGGCUCUCCAAAGCUUCUUGCGAGAGUCCGGUUUCGCUCUUCCUUCAUGGUUUUGGUUUGUCGUUCCUUUAGCCACGCAACUAUUGUUUGCCGUGGUUCACAACUGGUUCACGGGUGUUACCGCCGAAAGGGAUGCCGCUGCACAGGGCGCUAUCAUGGCGCCCUGCGUUCGAGGAAGCAGCACAUCUAACUUGCGGAAAUUGUCUGACGGCUUCAGGAAUGGAUAUCCGGGUGAAGUAUUACAGAAGUGGAGCGAAGAAUAUGGAAACACCUUUACUUUCAACUCUUUUUCGGGCAAAGGGCUACGCAAGAUGUUUACGACGGAGCCAGAACACGUCAAGGCCAUCCUAGCAACUCAAUUUGACGACUUUGUAAAAGGCCGCACCUUCUAUGAUGCUGCGGAGUCUCUGCUUGGUGCAGGCAUUUUUAAUUCAGAUGGUGAUACUUGGAAGUUUCAUCGGACAAUGACGAGGCCGCUCUUCAGCAAGGAUCGAAUUUCCGAUUUUGAAAACUUCGAAAAACACGCCACCAGCACGAUCUCCCAGAUCAAAUCGAGAUUGAGGGAAGGAUAUCCCGUCAAUUUCCAGGAUAUUGUCGCUCGCUUCACUCUCGAUUCCGCUACCGAGUAUCUCUUUGGAAAAGAUGUCAAUACGAUAUCUGCAGGACUUCCUUAUCCGGCUGGAUCUCCGUUAGCCGACAACCCCCAUUUUGUCAAUCACCCAUCUAACGCUUUCCUCGACGCAUUCGCAGCGGCACAAGAGAAGAGUGCUAUUCGUCUUCAGACGGGGAAGUAUUGGCCGCUUUUCGAAUUCUGGGCGGAUGCAGUCAAGCCACUUCGGCAAGUCGUCAAUGAGUUCGUCGAGCCUCUUCUUGUCGAGGCGCUCAAUAUCAAGGCUCGAGGCGACAAUCCGGUGGAGGAUAAGAAGGACUUCGAUGAGGGCGUGUCCUUGCUGACCCGUCUUGUGGAGAAUACCGAUGAUACCAAGCUCAUUCGAGAUGAACUUGUGAAUGUCCUGGCCGCUGGUAGAGACACUACGGCCUCCCUUUUGACUUUCGCGGUAUAUAAGAUGUCCGAACAUCCGAAAGUGACCGCUCGCUUACGGUCGGAGAUCCUCGAGAAGGUUGGUACAAGGACACCCACAUACGAGGACAUUCGUGAUAUGAAAUAUCUGAGAGCAUUCCUGAAUGAGCUUUUACGAUUGUAUCCAGCUGUCCCCAUAAAUAACCGUUGGUCAAAAGUGGCCACUACUCUCCCGAACAAAGGACGCGCGCCAUAUUACGUUCCGAACGAUACUGUGGUGAAUUAUUCUGUAUUCUUGAUGCAUCGACGGACAGAUUUAUGGGGGCCGGACGCUCUUGAAUUUGACCCGGAUAGAUUCAUCGAUCAACGUCUGCAGAAGUAUUUGACCCCAAACCCAUUCAUAUUCGUUCCCUUCAAUGCAGGCCCAAGAAUCUGCCUUGGCCAACAGUUCGCUUAUAACGAGGCUUCAUACUAUCUUAUUCGACUCCUGCAAACGUUCUCUUCUUUCAGCCUCGCCAUGGAUGCCCAACCUGCUGAAGGAAUUCCUCCCAAGAGUUGGACCAAGACUCCCGGGACGACCAAAGGGAGAGACAAGAUCAUGUUUGGGUUACAUUUGACGAUGUAUGCUAAGGGCGGUUUGUGGGUCAGAAUGGAAGAAGCGCAUGAUGUCGCGUGAGAGUCUGGUGGAUUUGAGCACCUGCGCCAAUUCGAAAUGUACUUGUAUCUUGUACCCUCUGCUCUUUUCAUCCUGUUAGUAAAUGUCAAUGUUGUAUACUGGUUCUGCAACGAGGCGGCGUUCCCAU